CUUCACCCCUACACACAUUUUUCCCUAAAUAGAACACAGUUACUAUGUAAAACUCAAGAAAAUGGGGGACAAAGACAAACUGGUCCUCAAUGAUCCCAUAUGAAAAACUACAGACUGUAUGUUUAGGGGCAGCAGCGUUAUAUCACCAAAAAAACAAGCCCAUUCUUGAACCUUGUCAUGCAUAAAAGGACCCUUUCUCCGUCCUACUUCAAACCACAGCUCCAAAACAAGAAACAAAAGAAAAAUGAAAAACAACCCAUAGCUUCUCUUUCAUAUUCUGUGUGUUCAAGAACCAUACAGCAGUGAAUCAAGAAUGGAGGGCUUCACUCUUUUGUCGGUGUUCUUGUGUUUGUCCACUUGCCAUCUUGUCUUUGCCUUGAGAGAUGGGCUACUAGACAAUGGCAACUUUGAGCAGGCUCCCAAGGCCUCGGAACUCAACGGGACCAUCGUGCUCAAACCCAAUGCCAUACCAAAAUGGAGAGUUUCCGGCUUUGUUGAAUACAUUAAAGCCGGGCAAAAGCAAGGCGACAUGCUUCUAGUUGUUCCAGAGGGAUAUGCUGCAGUCAGGCUAGGAAACGAGGCCUCAAUUAAGCAAUCGUUGAAUGUGAGUAAAGGAAUGUACUAUUCGUUAACGUUUAGCGCUGCCAGGACCUGUGCUCAAGAGGAGAGGUUGAAUGUGUCCGUUGCACCAGGCUUUGGGGUGCUCCCGAUUCAAACUUUGUAUAGUAGUAACGGUUGGGAUUCGUACGCCUGGGCAUUCCAAGCAAAUCACAGUGUGGCUGAGAUACUAAUUCACAAUCCAGGAGUAGAGGAAGAUCCAGCAUGUGGACCUCUGAUUGAUUCGAUUGCUAUUCGGGCUUUAUAUCCACCCAAAGCAACUCGUGAUAACCUGCUGAAAAAUGGAGACUUUGAAGAAGGACCAUACGUAUUUCCCAACACGAGCUGGGGAGUCCUCGUCCCACCUAACAUUGAGGAUGAUCACUCACCGCUACCCGCCUGGAUAGUUGAAUCUCUCAAAGCCGUAAAAUACAUUGACGCAGCACACUUCUCAGUCCCACAUGGCCAACGAGCUAUCGAGCUUGUCGGUGGGAAAGAAAGUGCUAUUGCACAAGUAGCCAGAACGAUCAUUGGCAAGACUUAUGAGCUUACCUUUGCCAUUGGAGACGCUAGCAAUUCUUGUGAGGGUUCGAUGAUCGUCGAAGCAUUUGCUGGGAGAGACACCGUCAAGGUUCCUUAUGAGUCCAAGGGCAAAGGUGGAUACAAACGAGCCGUGCUGCGUUUCGCGGCCACUGCUGCUCGAACUCGAAUCAUGUUCUUCAGCACGUACUACCACAUGAGGAGUGAUGACUUUGCUUCGUUAUGUGGUCCUGUGGUUGACGACGUGAAGUUGCUGAGCGUACAUAAACCAAGGCGGAUGGCCUGACCAGACAAAACUCGAAUAGGGUCAUCUUGUAUGUUAUCUUUACUUGCUACUAUAGUACUUCAAUGCCUUCCAUACAAACCUUAGUUUUAGUCUACAUAUAAAGGAGUGUGAUUUUAUCAUCAGAUUCCAUAUCCACCAGAACAAAUGCAGAGAUACAAGUUAUAGGGAUGUGAAGAAUGCUGUAUUCACAGUUAUUCAAUGGCAGAUCUGAAUGUUAAAAGUUACUUUAUCCCUUACA